AUGAAUGGAGUUGGAGAGUUGGCAGGAAACAGACAAACGAAUGAGUCUUUACAGGAAGUGAACUUGGCCACACAGGUACAUCUGAGAUGGUCAGCAGCUGUCAGCGGAUCAAACCCGUGACCGUCCAGAUGGACCACACGUCGAGACCUGUCUUUGUUCCGGACCCGUCCGACGCUGCACAGCCGAUGUCCCACAUGACCCCGGCACCAGUUUCCGGCAGUGUUUUUUCUCUCUCUCCCUCUUCUUCCUCAAGCUCUUCCUCUGGCUCUUCCUAUUGGUCUCUCUCUCCCUCUUCUUCCUCAAGCUCUUCCUCUGGCUCUCCCUCUGGGUCUCUCCCUCACUUUUCCCCUCUCCCUCCCCCUAUCUCUCCCCUUUCCCCUUCUUCUCCCUUUUUCCCUAGCAAUCUUUCUUUUAGCUCGUCCUUGAGCUCUUCCUUGAGCUCUUCCCCUCACUCUUCCCCUGACUCUUCCCCCAUCUCUCUUCCUUACUUUUCACCUAUCUCUCCCCUUGACUUUCCCCCUCUGUCAUCACCUCUCUCUCCCUUUGGCUCUACCCCUCACUCUUCCCCUGGAUAUAUCUCCAGUGAUUCCUCUGACCUUUCAUCUUGCUCCCCUCCUUCAGUGUCGGAGGACGAGCAGUGGACUCUGGUGCCAACGGAUCAUCCUACUAGGCUCAUCCUGAGGCGGGUGCAGAAGGAAGGCUCCACAGCCCAGACACCCAGCGAGCCACUCCAGGCAUCCUUUGUGAAGAAGAUGUACCACCGCUUCACCUGGACGUCUGUUCCUGUUCCGGGCCCUACCGGACACAGCGUCCCGCGGCUGAUCCUCCGGAGGACCCUGAAACUGACCUCCUCUCCCCCUCCCCCUCCCUCUCCCUCUCCCUCUCCCUCUCCCUCUCCCCCUCACUCUUCUGUCUCUCCUGACUCACAGUGGGUGACGAAGUUGCGGAGAAUCAUGCUGGAGAAAAGACAUGCUGGCAGUCCCAAGAGACCCACUGCCAAUGAAGCUAAGUCACCAGAAAAGAGGAGAAAAGAGGAGGGGGAGAGAGGACAGCAAUAUUAA